GCCUGCAACUGGGCAUAAGGAGGUUUCGGCCUACGAAUUGGGUUUACUGGGUGAGUUCCAGAUUUCCAGUGAAACCGGGAAAAUGUUGCGCAACGGCAUCAUUCCUCAGUUUCCCUUCCGUGUCCUCUUCUUCCUUUUCCACAUCAAGCUUAGCAAUCUCCACAAAAGGCUUCAUACUCUCUGCGCUUAGUUCCCUCCAUAAAACCCCAAAACCAAAACCCUUCAAAAAUUUUCAAUCUACAGGUCUUAAUUGGCCGCCUAUUUCUUAAUCAUCGCUACCAAGAUGAUACUUAGAAUCCGUAGCAGAGAUGGCGUCGAGCGCGUCUCCAUCGACAGCCCCAACAUUACCGUUUCCCAGCUCAAAAGUCUAAUUCAAAAGCAGCUUCAAAUCCCAAUCCAUAACCAAACCCUAUCUACAAAUCAAAACAUACUGUUGGUUAAAUCCCCUUUGGAUCUUCUCAAAUUCACCGAUAUGUCUGACCCCAAUACCCUUAUUUCUUCCCUAAACAUUGCCCAUGGCUCUAUUGUCUUCUUAGCCUAUGAGGGUGAGAGAACCAUUACAGGACCCACCAUUCAUCCCGCUGGGUCCUUCGGCCGCAAAAUGACCAUGGACGACCUAAUUGCCAGACAAAUGCGAAUUACCAGACAAGAAAAUCCUCAUUGUGAAUGCGUGUCAUUCGAUCAGGAUUGUGCCAAUGCCUUCCAACUGUAUGUUAACGAGAAGCUUGCUUUUGCUGUGAAAAGAGGUGGAUUUAUGUAUGGAACUGUGUCCGAGGAAGGAAAAGUGGAGGUGAAUUUUAUAUAUGAGCCGCCCCAGCAGACUACAGAGGAAAUUCUGAUGCUUUUAAGGGAUCCCCAGGAAGAGAAUUUGGUGGAUGCUAUAGCAGCAGGUUUAGGGAUGAGGAAAGUGGGGUUUAUAUUUACACAGACGAUAACGCAGGACAAGAAAGAUUAUACUUUGUCCAACAGAGAGGUUCUGCAGGCAGUGGAACUUCAUGCCGAGAGUGAAUUGAAGGAGUGGGUGACAGCGGUGGUAAAACUGGAAGUGAAUGAAGAUGGGGGAGCCGAUGUACAUUUCGAGGCGUUUCAGAUGAGUGAUACAUGCAUUAAACUUCUCAAGGAAAAGUGGUUCGAGACAGAGAUUGGGGAGGGUAUGGAUCCUAAGUUGUCUAAAAUGAAGAAGGAUGUUGUUGUUGGAGGAAAGGAUAUUGGUGAGGUUGAUAAUGAUUUUUUCUUGGUCGUGGUUAAGAUAUUCGAUCACAUGGGUCCUCUAUCAUCAUCCUUUCCCAUUGAGAACAGGAUCGGCCAAGUCACAGUGAGGGCAUUGAAGAAUCAUCUGGACCGUACAAAGAAUCUUCCAUUUGUGAAAAGAAUUUCUGAUUUUCAUCUGCUGCUCUUUGUGGCCAGGUUUCUAGAUCUCAAUGAUGUUCCUGCAUUGGCAGAGUGUGUGCAAAAACAGACAACAGUCCCUGAAGGUUACCAGCUCAUAAUUGUUUCCAUGGCAAAUACUUCUUGAAUUGCAAAGAGGCAUGUUAUCCCCUUGUGUUAGUCUCAUAAAAUUGCAAAAAUUGCAAAUUUGGAUCACAUAAUUGGGGUCCUGGGGCAAUCUGUAUUGAUUUCUGCUGCUACUUGGUGGCAAAUAGGGGAUUUGUGACCCAGCGACCUAAAAUUACACACAGUGUCUAUAUGUACGGCCUUGCCUUUGUUGGGAUCUGAUGGUGCUGUGUUUGGGUUUGGAAUGCUGUUGUGUUUGGGCUUGAAUUGCGGUGGAGAAAAAUAUCUCAUGAAUUUGUCAGCUUUUA